CCUGCAAUAUCGGGCCACAGCCUGGCCCCCGAAUGCGCGCACUUUUUUCUGCCCGCUGAACGACCAACCGUAGCGAAAGAGCGGCGACUUUCUGGCCCUGGAAUCCGCCGCGACUUAGACGCCCGCACCGCCUGGCGCAUCUCCCUUUUUCCUGCCAACCAGCCCUCUUUCUUCUAAUUCUCAAUAUUGCCCACUACCUACCCGACCUACCUACCUACUUGGCCUACCUUACCUCCCCCAACUGCCUCCGACCACCCUACCGCUUACCUACUACCUACCUACCUCUCUACCACCUACCUCUCUACCUAUCCUAGGUACUCAGCCCCUCCUCCCUUCCUCCCCUCGACCCGACCUGCCUACCGUCCAUCCAUGAGGCCGCCGUCGCUGUUCCUUGGGCUGCCGUCGCAACACUGACUGGGGCUUCUUUCCCAGCCAGCUGCAUUCUUUCUGUUCCCGAUCCCCUUCUUUGUCCCAAUACCCUAGGUUAUUUCCCCCCCACCACCUGCCGUUUUGCUGCUCUGGGCUUUUCUGUAUCUUUUUUUCUUUUUCUCUUUUUUUUUACCUUGCCCCUCGAGCCCGCCCGCUGGUGCGACCAACGCCCGUGCGCACCAUGGUCGAGGACGCCUCAACGCUGGCCGCCGUCGCGGCCUUUGUGGAGCGGCUUGCCACCAACUCCAACGGCCCCGACAGGCCGUCGCCGCUCGUCAAGCUCCCCGGCCUGCAUUCGCCCGAGAAGCAGGCUCUAGAGCGCGAGCUCUCCGCCCUGGUCUCCCGCAUCCAGCAGCUCGAGACGAGGGCCAAUUCCGUCGCCGCCACGAACCUCCCCGAUACCCCUAACGAGACGGUGCACUCUCUCUUCGGCGACGAUGGGACCUCCUCCCCCAGCUCCGUGGUCUCCAGUCGCAGCUCGGUCCAGUCGAGGCAGGGCGGCGCCCCUCUGAAGAACGGCUGCCCGGACCCGCGCACCCCCAAAGUCAACGCCAUCUCCGACGAGGACCUCGAGGGUCUGCGCGAACAUGUGGAUGACCAGUCGAAGCUCCUCGACAGCCAGCGCGCUGAGCUCGCCGGCGUCAACGCCCAGCUGAUCGAGCAGAAGCAUCUGCAGGAGAAGGCCCUGGCCAUGAUCGAGCAGGAGCGCGUGGCCACGCUGGAGAGGGAGCUUUGGAAGCACCAGAAGGCGAACGAGGCUUUCCAGAAGGCGCUCAGGGAAAUCGGGGAGAUUCUUACGGCUGUUUCUCUCGGUGACCUGUCCAAGAAAGUGCGCCUUAACUCGGUCGAGAUGGACCCGGAAAUCACCACCUUUAAACGAACCCUCAACACCAUGAUGGAUCAACUCCAGGUUUUCUCUAGUGAAGUCUCGCGGGUUGCUCGCGAGGUCGGCACCGAAGGCAUCUUGGGCGCACAGGCCCAGAUCGAGGGCGUCGACGGAACAUGGAAGGAGUUGACAGACAACGUGAACAUAAUGGCCCAAAACCUGACGGACCAAGUGCGCGAAAUCGCCUCGGUCACAACUGCAGUUGCCCACGGCGACCUGACACAAAAGAUCGAGAGACCGGCAAAGGGAGAGAUCCUACAGCUACAGCAAACCAUCAACACCAUGGUGGACCAGCUGCGCACGUUCGCAUCCGAGGUUACCCGAGUCGCUAGGGACGUGGGUACCGAGGGCAUGCUUGGGGGCCAGGCCGACGUCGAAGGCGUCAAGGGCAUGUGGAACGAGCUGACAGUCAACGUCAACGCCAUGGCAAAUAAUCUGACCACUCAGGUGCGGGACAUCAUCAAGGUCACCACCGCCGUGGCAAAGGGCGACCUCACGCAAAAGGUUCAGGCCGAGUGCCGCGGCGAGAUCUUUGAGCUCAAGAACACGAUCAACUCCAUGGUGGACCAGCUGCAGCAGUUCGCGCGCGAGGUCACCAAGAUCGCCAGGGAGGUCGGCACCGAGGGCCGCCUUGGUGGCCAGGCCACCGUUCACGACGUGCAGGGCACAUGGCGCGACCUGACGGAGAACGUCAACGGCAUGGCCAUGAACCUCACGACCCAGGUGCGAGAGAUCGCAAACGUCACAAGCGCUGUGGCCAAGGGAGACCUCACCAAGAAGAUCACGGUAGAGGUCAGGGGCGAGAUCCUGGACCUCAAAAACACCAUCAACACCAUGGUGGACCGCCUCGGCACCUUUGCCUUCGAGGUCAGCAAGGUGGCUCGCGAAGUCGGCACGGACGGGACGCUGGGCGGCCAGGCUCAGGUCGAAAACGUAGAGGGCAAAUGGAAAGACCUCACCGAAAACGUCAACACCAUGGCCGGAAAUCUCACAUCACAGGUCCGAGGAAUCUCGACGGUCACGCAGGCAAUUGCGAACGGAGACAUGAGCCGCAAGAUCGAUGUCGAGGCCAAGGGCGAGAUCCUCAUCCUCAAAGAGACCAUCAACAACAUGGUGGACCGUCUAUCCAUUUUCUGUAACGAAGUUCAGCGGGUUGCCAAGGACGUGGGAGUCGACGGCAUCAUGGGAGGCCAAGCAGACGUUGCCGGACUCAAGGGAAGGUGGAAGGAGAUCACGACCGACGUCAACACGAUGGCGAACAACCUGACUGCUCAGGUGAGAGCAUUCGGCGACAUCACCAACGCGGCGACGGAUGGCGACUUCACCAAGCUUGUUGAGGUGGAGGCUUCGGGCGAGAUGGACGAGCUGAAGCGCAAGAUCAACCAGAUGGUCUACAACCUGCGCGACAGUAUCCAGAGGAAUACACAAGCCAGGGAGGCGGCCGAGCUGGCCAACAAGACCAAGUCGGAGUUCCUGGCCAACAUGUCGCACGAGAUCCGGACGCCCAUGAACGGCAUCAUCGGCAUGACACAGCUGACGCUCGACACGGAUCUGACUCAGUACCAGCGGGAAAUGUUGAACAUCGUAAACAGCCUUGCAAACAGCCUGCUGACCAUCAUCGACGACAUCCUGGAUCUGUCCAAGAUCGAGGCCCGUCGCAUGGUGAUCGAGGAGAUACCGUACACGCUGCGGGGUACCGUCUUCAACGCGCUCAAGACGCUGGCCGUCAAGGCCAACGAGAAGUUCCUGGACCUGACGUACCACGUCGACGCCUCGGUGCCCGACCACGUCAUCGGAGACUCGUUCCGCCUGCGCCAAAUCAUCCUGAACCUGGUCGGCAACGCCAUAAAGUUCACCGAACACGGCGGGGUCAGCCUGACCAUCAGCCAGGCCAGCAACGGCAUACCGUGCGGCUCGAGCGAGUAUGCCAUCGAGUUUGUCGUUACCGACACGGGCAUCGGCAUCCCGGCGGACAAGCUCGAUCUCAUCUUUGACACGUUCCAGCAGGCCGACGGCUCCAUGACGCGCAAGUUUGGCGGCACCGGCCUGGGUCUCUCCAUCUCGAAGCGCCUCGUUAAUCUGAUGGGCGGCGAUGUUUGGGUCAAGAGCAAGUACGGCAAGGGCAGCUCCUUCUACUUCACCUGCCGCGUCCGCCUGGCCGGCUCCGACCUCAUCCUCAUCGAGAAGCAGCUCAAGCCGUACAAGGGACACCAGGUGCUCUUCAUUGACAAGGGCAAGACCUCACACGGCUCCCAGGUGGCCACCAUGCUGGGCGCUCUCGGCCUGCAGGCCAUCGUCCUCGAGUCGGAGCAGCACUACACCCUGACCAAGGCGUGCAACAAGGGCACGUCGCCGUACGACGUCAUAGUGGUCGACUCGAUCGACACUGCCCGCCGUCUGCGCGGCAUCGACGACUUCAAGUAUCUGCCCAUCGUCCUGCUCGCCCCGUCUGUUCACGUCAGCCUCAAGUCGUGCUUGGAUCUGGGCAUUACGUCGUAUAUGACCACUCCCUGCCAGCUUAUCGACCUGGGCAACGGCAUGGUGCCGGCGCUCGAAAACCGCGCAACCCCGUCACUGGCCGACAACACAAAGUCCUUUGACAUCCUGCUGGCCGAGGACAACACGGUCAACCAGCGCCUGGCCGUCAAGAUCCUCGAGAAGUACCAUCACGUCGUGACGGUUGUGAGCAACGGAGAGGAAGCUCUCGAGGCGGUAAAGGCAAAGAAGUUUGACGUCAUCCUGAUGGACGUGCAAAUGCCUGUCAUGGGUGGCUUCGAGGCGACGGCAAAGAUCCGCGAGUACGAGCGAAGCUUGGGCAGCCAGAGGACGCCCAUCAUCGCUCUGACUGCGCACGCCAUGAUGGGCGACCGUGAGAAGUGCAUCGAGGCGCAGAUGGACGAGUACCUCUCCAAGCCGCUGCAGCAGAACCACCUGAUACAGACGAUCCUCAAGUGCGCGACGCUCGGCGGCGCCCUGCUAGAGCAGAACCGGGACCGCGAGCUCGAGCUCGUCAGGCACGCUGAGCACAAGGGCGGACCCUCGCUAGACCCGUCGCGGGUAGCCUCGAUGCGGCCGACGCUGCACCACCGGGCCGUCACGACAGCAGAGUCCCUCUCGGGCGGCCUCGACAGCCCCGCGCUGUUGACGGCCGACGAGGACGAUCCUAUCCAAAGGGCACGUAGCGCUCUUUCCGAACCCGGCUGCGUCUAAUAAAGCUGACGUUCGGGGACCUUUUUAUGCCCCGUGUUCGUUUGCAGCUCCUUCGAUCGCACAGCAGCUAGUCGCGCGGCCUCCCUCUCUCUCGUACGACGGUCGCUCGAAGCGCACCCAACAAGACAUUCUCAUUGUUUCGCCCACCACGCCUACUUUGGUUGUCCUUCUCCUUGUUUUUUUUUAACCCUUUUGGGCUGUGAAAUAUCCGAAACACGAUGGCUAUCAUGCACCUCACUAUACCACAAGCUCGCAUUGGCGCCUUGUUCUUUUUCUUUUUUAUUUUUAUUUUCUUUUUUGGGUCUCCUUGUUCUUUCUUUACGAUUAUCCCUAUCAGUAUUCCCACCUUGGCUUUGUUGCUCCGAGCAGGACCUGUCUGAUUGCUGGAAAGCUCAUGUUGAGAAUGACAGAUGGCCGUUUUUAAACGCUUUGACGACCACCACCAGAUUGGGGAGUUUUGCUUGUUCUUUUUUCUCUACUCGUAUUGGCCUUGUCCCCUACCUGUUUCUCUAUCUCGUUGGGCAUUUCCAUCCUGGCGUUCACCUAUUUUUUUUUCCGGCUUGGUUUUUGAUCCCCCUUGUUUUCGAGGAUGGACGGUAUUGGCUAGCUGGAUGGGCUUGGACUUGUACCUCCCUUGGUAAUCACUACCCAUCUUCCUCCACGCCUCGCCUCUGAAGACGGGGCUGCCCCAGGUAUCUCCCCAUGUUGGUGGUAAGAGGGGAGCGAAGAGGCGGGGUUUGGGUCACGACGAGACCAAAGGGUUCUACAGCCGAUGCAGCAAGCAGGCGUCAGGAGCGAAAUGGGAAAGCAUGACCGGCCAUCUAGGCAACAAGGGACAGCUGGGCGGUCAUGAGAAAUGAGGCUUUUGCCUUAAUCCUAGUCAUUUUGUUUGUCGA